AGGUCUUUUUGACGUUUGAGAUCAACGCGUCCGCGCUGUGCGCGUCUAUGGUUCUGCUCGCGUGGAAAGUCAACGAGAAAAAUUCGUGACGUGCUUAACCCACAUCUUCCUUAUAGUAUUCAUAAAAUGUCUACAUAUUUGUGAUUUUUUCAUUUUGUUUCGUAAAAAUUUGAUUUACGUCAAUAAACGAUUGAUUUUAUUAAAGUAACGAUUCGAAUGUUUUGUGCGAAAAAAUAAUGCUUAUUCUCGCGUAUGGAUACCAGUGCCAGACACGAUAGUUAGAUUUUGUGUAAAUAAAAAAAAAUCCUUAUCAUAAAGGCAAUAUGAGUAAUCCUUAUAGAGCUAGACCAUCUAGGUCUAGAGCAGAUCACAGUUUAGGAUAUGGAGCUCAUAAUCAGACUGUAUGGAAUCCAAUGUCUAGAGUACCAUCACAAGUAUCAUCAAAUGAUUCCAUUCAACAUCAACCAUCUCUUUUGAAUCAACCAAAACAAUCAAAUGAUCCUUGGAAUAAUUCAUGGAAUUGGGAUUUUGAUAAACAAACAGAUAAUCAACAACAACAAUCAUCACAACAAGAACGACAACAACAACAUUAUAUACCUUCAUAUAAUCAAGGACAGUUAAUAUCUAAUUCUGUUCAAGACCACUAUUAUCAAAAUGUUAAUGGUAAAAAAUCUGAUUUGCUUAAUCAGAAUUCAAUGCCAGAUAGAAACACAUCAGGAAAUGUUGCUAGUAGAUCUCUAGUUCCUAAUCAUACAGAUUCUUUUACACCUUAUUCAAAUUAUAAUCAAUAUCAACAGUAUGCACCACCCCCUCGAACAAAUUCUGUGAAAUCUGGUUCUAUGAAUUUUGAUCAGCUUCAAUGGACAAGUGAUCAGUCUCAAAAUGUUUCAUAUUCACAACAAAAAUCAAGUAUACAAAAUCAAAAACAUCAAACAUCACGUCCUGUUUUAGUUAGCAGCAAUUACAAUUGGAUUAAAUCUGAUCAGACAAAUUUAAUAACCCCACAAAAUUGGCAAAAUCAGAGUAAUAUAUCAGGACAUUGGCAAGAUCAAAAAAUGGAUAAAGAAGCACAAAAUUUUGAUAAUAUAAGUAAUCAAUAUGCAUCACAAAUACAACAAACAAGAUCAAUUCAACACCUUCCAUCUUCUACAGAGAAUAAAGAACAUUCUAUAAAUGAUGCAAAUGAUGAAAAUUGGUCCAAUCAAAUUAAUAUAUCAUCUUCUCAAUGGAAUGCUCAAAAUCAGGAAUCUACAUUGUUAAAUCAAACUCAGCAAAUAUCACAAAAUUAUAAUGCUAAUGAUGAAUUCAAUGCUUGGUCACAAGCAACAAAUACUGAAAUUUCACAGUCAUGGAAAGAAAUGAAUGAUAAUAAUGCAUCUCAAUGGUUACAAGAACAGCAAGAAAAUAAUAAUAUAGUAGAAGAAAAUGUUAAAAAAGAAAUUACUGGUAUAGUUUCUACAAAUGAUCGACAACAAAAUCAUACAAUACCACCUCAUCAUAUUCAAUCUAAUGCUACUUCAGCAACAGAUCCAAAUAUAGAACUUAAAGAAGAAAGAAAAAAAUCUAUAUCUUCAUUAAUUCCAAAUUCUGUAAAUUCUAAAGAUUCUAAUAUACAUAUAAAAACAAAUAUUGCUAAAUCACAUUUUUCUGAUUCUCGACUUAAUAUGUCUGCUACUCCUGAAACUGUAUCAACUGUUGCAAGUUCUGAAAAUAUUUCUAUUCAAGAAAAUAAUGAUUUUAAUUUAGCAAAUGAUUCAGUAGAAUGGGGUAAAAGUAAUUCAACAGAAGAGUUACCUACAAAAUUAGAACAGUUAAGUCUUGGUAAUAAAUUAAAUAAAAAUUUAGAAAAUCAAAAUGAUUCCAAAGAAAUACAACCUAUUACAUGUGAUGAUGGAUGGGGUCAAAAUACAGCUUCUAAUAAUAAUACUACAUCUGAUAAUAUAUCUGUAUUGCCUUUAGAUUGUGCUACACUUAGUACAGAAAAUAUUCAUUCUAAUGAUAAUCAAAAAGUUAUUAGUCAAGAACAUUCAGUACUUAAUGCAUAUCAAAUAACAAACAUUAAACCUAUAGAUAAUGUAGCACAAAGUGGAUAUGAUCAAUGGUAUAGUCAAGAUACUUUACAACAUGUCUCAGAAAAUACAUGGUAUUCAAAAGAUAAUGUUUGUUCAUCUAAAGAAUGGGGUAUAGAACAAAAUGUAGAAAACUAUGAAAAUAUUCAACAGCCUUCAGAAUUUGUAAAUUUAGAAGUAGUUACGCCAUCAUUACAAGAACGCGAUAUAUAUGGUUCAAGAGAUUCCAUAAAUAAGGAAACUUUAGAUAAUGAUCCUAAACCAAUUCUGAAUUCUACCAAGGAGAUAGUUAAUAUGCGUGAUUUUAGGCAAGAAAUAAAUAAUAUUGAAGUACCUUCCGCGCAACAAUCUACGCGAUCCCAUUCACUUCUUCAAUCUGAACAGGUACCAGAUAAUUAUGAAUUUGCAUCAAAUGAUAGAAAUACUUUUUUGGAAACUGGAGAAUUAACUGAUUCUCAUCAAGAACAUGAACCAACUCCGCCGAGUCAAGAUGACGAAAAUGACGAAGUGCCUAAUGACAUUCCAUUUUUACGCGAAGUACCAGGACAAUCAAGCUCUAUAGAUCCUCGUAGAAAUGACCCAACAGGACAGGAACAAUAUAUUCAAUCCGGUCAAAGAUUAUCUGAUCCAAGAAGAAAUGAUCCUUCUGGUCAAGAACAAAGUCUUCAGAUAAGAAACAUAUCUGAAAGAUCAGAACGGCGCGAUGUUCCACCUGGACAAGAAAGAAAUGUUCCUUUACUCUCACGAGCAGAUUCUGAUACAAUGGAACGUCGAAAUGAUCCGUCUGGUAGAGAACGAUCUCUACCUCCACAGCAAUCACGAAAUGAUCCAUCUGGAGAAGAAAGGUAUCAGUCUCAAUCACAAAUUAUGUUAGAACCAAGUGAAACCCGAGAAGUGCCUGGAAGAGGUAAUGAAUCUGAAGAUCCUGUACAACAAACAGAUGAAAAUCUUAGACAAAUACCGGGCGGUGCAUUUCCAAAUGAAGUUGCUCAAUCUUCAGAUGAUAGAACUAAUGGAAGAGUAGUUACAGGUUCUCAAGAAGUUCCUUCAAUAAAUUCUACAAUACAAGAUCAAACUACUGAUUCAAGAAAUAAACGGGAGGAAGCUGUUGGUGCAUCAAUGCGCGAGAGUCAAGGAAUUUCUAGUGCAUCAAAUCGUAGAGAUUCUUAUGAAGACGAAGAUGAUGAGGUUUCCGGAAAUAGUAGAGAUGAUAGUAGAGAAAGACGACGUGAUAGCAGUUCGGAACGUCGAAGAUAUGAAUACGAACGAAAAAGUGCAUAUUAUGAUCGUGAACGAGAAUAUGAUGAUGAUUAUUAUUAUGAUCGUCGUCGUGGAGGAGAAAAUGAUCGAACAUAUAAUACACGCGAUGAAUUCGAUCGUCGAGAAAUUCCUUAUCGAGAGGAUGAUCGUAAGCAUCAUAGUCGAGACGAUCUUGAUAGACAUGCAAGAGAAGAAAUAGAUAGAAGAAACAGAGCUAAAGAAGAUAUAGAUGAUAGAGAUAUUAGAAGAAGACCAGACGACCGUAGAAAAGAUAGAGUUGAUGAUGGGAUGCGACGUAGAGAAAUUAGAGACUAUGAUUUACGAUAUUCUAGAGAUCGUGAUUAUCUUGAUCGUGAUAGAAGAAGAGACGAUAGACGACCAAGACGAUACGAUGAUUAUGAUAUAAGAGAUCCAUAUAGAAGAGAAUAUUAUGAUGAUCCUUAUAGUAGAGGAUCUAGACCAUCCAGUAGAUCCUCUUAUAACGAUAGAGAUCGAGAAUAUUAUAUGCGAACAAGAGAUCCUUAUUAUCCUUAUAAUGGAUAUGGUGUUCCUGGAUAUGAUUAUGGUGUUCAUUAUGCCAAUAAUUAUUAUGCAUAUAUUGAAAAUUUACGACGUACAAAUCCUGCUCUCUAUUCAGAAUGGUAUCAUAAAUAUUACGCUAAUCAACAUCAGCAACAACAUAUUUCUCGUGGUGUUGGUAAUUAUCCAGAAGACAGAGCAAGUGUUCAUUCUGGGCGUAGUUCUUGCGACGAAAGAUUUUUUACAAAUUCAAGUGCAUGCUUCUACUCGCCAAACAAAGCAUUAUAUGUUCCGUAUUUCGGAUAUCCUGAAUGGACUAGGAGUCCGCAACGAAGACAGAAUUCAAGUUAUCAAAAUUUAAAUAGAGCAACUGACAAACGAACUUUAGGUGAUAUGUCUAUGCUUGAAGAUUCAGCAGCUACAUCUGCACGCAUGACACCAACUAAGUUUUCUAUUUCACAUGCAUAUGGAUGUUUUUCUAUUGGAUCUUUGAUACAUGUAUAUCCAGCUUAUCCAUCUGAUGGUGAAAGAGCCAAAGUAGACAUUUUUAAGUUGGAAAAUCUACUUUCGCAUGAUCCUAUAGCACGUGAUUUACGAGCUUAUCCUGGUCCUUUAAUUAAGCAAGUGGGUGUUACUCAUAAAAAAACUAUUAUCGAAUAUUGCGAGAAUAAAAUUAAAAAAGCAGCAUCAAACGAAGAAAUGGUCGAUCGUGCCUCAUAUAUACUUUUAUAUGAAUUAAUGAUUAUGUUGAUUCAACAAAAUGGAAAUGUUGUUGGUGUUGAUAUAGCAGCAUUAUUACUCAGAAACAAAGAUGCAUAUCCUUACGAUAUGAAUAAGCAAAAAUUACAAGAUUCGGGAAGAAGAGAAUCAGUAAUAUCUCAAAGAUCAGGAAUAUCAAUUGGAGAUAGUAUUCAAGGUAAUCAAGAUAGUGUAAUAGCAUCCGAAAAAAUCGAAAAUAAACCACGAAAAAGCAUUGAACAAAUAACAGACGAGUUUAGAAACACAUUGCUUUAUGGAUUAGUUCAAGAAGCACUAGAAUAUGCAAUGAAUGAAGGUCUUUGGGGACAUGCACUCUUCUUAGCUAGCAAAUUGGAUAAACGUACACAUGCGUCUGUAAUGACACGUUUUGCUAAUAGUUUACCAUUCCACGAUCCAUUACAAACUUUAUAUCAACUUCAUUCUGGUCGUGUACCAGCUGUUGUUACUGGUAUAUCAGAUCCACGAUGGGAUGAUUGGAGACCUCAUUUAGCUAUGAUUAUAUCAAACACAUCUGCUAAUCCAGAAAUUAAUCGUCGCUCAAUUACAACUCUUGGAGAUACACUUUCUACGCGAGGAGAUAUUUACGCAGCUCAUUUUUGUUAUAUACUUGCACAAGUUGAUUUUGGUACUUAUGGAGCAAGUAAUGUAAAGCUUGUAUUAAUUGGUGCAAACCAUCAUAAACCCUAUAAUGCAUUUUUCACAACGGAAGCUAUUAUGCUUACGGAAAUAUAUGAAUAUGCUAGAAAUCUCAGUGAACCAGGUUUUACAUUAAUAGAUCUUCAAACCUUUAAAUUUGAUUUGGCAAUAAAAAUGGUAGAUCAUGGAUUAAUAGAAAAAGCUUUAUUGUAUAUAGAACAAAUUGCAGUAAAUAUUUUCAAUGAACCAUCAAAGUACAAAAAAUCAUUUAUCAAUGCAGUUUACAAUUUAGGAGACAGGAUUAGAUAUCACGAUCCAGUUUAUAAAGAGUCUGUUGAUGAAACUACAACUUUAACUUGGUUCAAUAAUUUAUCUGAAAUUGUUGGUAAAUGCCAUAUGGGAGAAAUUAUUGAGAAUGAAAUUUAUACUUCUCAAACAAAACAAGAAUCAUAUAACAAUGUACAAAAUCAAGAAGUCCAUGAGAUAAAACAACAACAAUGGAAUACGAUUCAAUCUGAAUACAGAGAAGGUCCAACAUCAAUGAUGGAAGUAACCACGACUGAUACACAAUCAGAAUGGCAACCAUUAUCUUUACCAUCAAAUAUACCAGACACAUAUGAUCAAAGUAUGCAAUAUACAAAAAAUAAUGAAGAAUCUUAUCAGCAACCACAACAACAAGAAUAUUGGAAUCAAGAUUCUUAUUAUCAAAAUAAUUAUGGAAGAAACGACAGUACCAUUUCAAAUUGGCAACAAUCAACUCAUUCAUCAUAUCCUCCUGAACAAGGUGAUAUUGAUGAUUCUCAACAACAGGAAAAAUGGAACUAUGAGACGGAAAGAGAAGAAAAAACAUCUACUGUUGAAUCAUCGCAACCGGCAAUUUCAAUGACACCAUCAACGAGAAAACAAUAUGAUCCCUUAGAAGAACUGGAUGCACUCGAGACUCCAAAACCAGCUUUGAAAUCUGCAGCUUCGGUUAAGAAAACUUCAGAAAAAUCAGCUGAAAAGAAAUCAUCUAAUAGUGGAAGUUCUUGGUUCGGUGGUCUAUUUAGCAAAUUGGCUCCAAAACCAAGAAAUCAGAUGAUAUUACCAGAUGACAAUAAUCCAACAAUCGUUUGGGAUCCUGUUGCUAAAAAAUGGAUGAACAAAGACGAAGAUGGAGACAAUAAUUCGACUACAGUAGCUCCUCCUCCAAAAGCUUCCGAUAUGGGAUUUAGAACACCCGUUCCCACGGAACAAAUUUCAUCCCAACCAUCACAACCAUCUCAAUCAUCUCAACCACCUUUGCAAACUGAUGAAUCCACUGUGAAUAAAUUUAAAUUACCUAGAGGUAGAAGUAUGCGUGCCAAUUAUAUAGAUGUAAUGAAUCCAAGUGGUUCAAAAAAUAGUGGAGCACCUUCAAGUAUACCAACUCCAGUAACAUCCCCCAUGGUACCUAUGGCAACUUCGUCACCUCAGUUAUUUAUUCCCGCUCCAGUUAAUGAUCCAAGUGCUCCUGUAGACUUCUUAACUCCAACAGCAACAUCAAUCAUACCUACAAAUGCUUCUGAAAAUGUAUCUCAAGGGUUCUCUCGAUGGAGCUCAACCAGCUCGUUAUCGCGAGAGGUGCAGAGCUACACUAUGAGGGAUCCGCGUUUCCUCCCACAAAACAAGGGACCAAUGAUGUACAACCCAAGCGACAUGAAGAAUCGUUCAGCGAAAAACUUACAUCAGAGCGGGUAUCCUCCACGAUAAAAUCCACAAUCUUGAACAACAUACGUUGAUGAGUAACCAGAAGAUUUUUUUAUUCUAUCAGGAUCACACAUUAUUUAGAUGAAUCGAAAUUUUCAUAACUUAAACAGGCAAAUAUACCUCAAAUUACGUAAGUGAAUAGAUGCGUUAUAAGUUUAGUCAAGUAUACAUGAAUUUCCUAUGUUUCGAUUUUACAAAAAUUAGUUUCAUUUUUCUAGAAAUAAGAUUUCUAGAGAAUAUAUAUGUAUAUAUGUAUUCUAAGCGUAUAAUUGCUUUUAAAUAGUACCGUAAACAUUUGGAGUAUUACAAUUUAUAAUAGAAAAAAGUUUAACAAAUCGUUGAUAUUAAUAGGAUUUACUUUUUGGAUUUCUUCAGCUUUUAUUUUGGAGAAUACGUGCUUCAUACAUUGCUGAAUUUUGUUAAAUAUACACAGGGUACUUGUUUUCUAAAAAUUUUUUUUAAUGGAAUGUUCUUUGAUUUAACUCGUGCGAAUCGUAGAUACUUUUAUCUUUCAAUAUAUAUACAUAAAUAAUACUUUUCAACGAUGUAAAUUAUUAAACAGAGAAAUAUGUAUUACUGGCAUUGAAAAGAAUGGAUGAAAUGUUUCAAUCGCGGUCUUUUGAUAUUGAUUGAAUAAGAUAAAAUCGAGAAUUCUAAUAAUAAAAAAAUUAAUGUGUGUUAUGUUGAAUGAGAUCGCGAAUAAAAAGAAUGUUAAGUUUGCGCUCGUAACAGGAUUCAGAUUUAAGUUUUACGUGAAUGCUUUUCCCGAAACAUUUUGCAUGUUAUAAUGUUAAUUAUAGCGAGAAUAAUGUUGACCGUAUCGUAUACAUUAUGAAAAAAUUCGUUACAAAUAAUCUAAUAACAUAAUAAUACACGGUCAUAUCUGAUUUUAUACACUGGCAAAGAACAGUUGCAUAAAAAAUGAAGCAGAUAUCAAUAAUGUAAGAAAUGUUAGAAAUCUGAAAAUUUUAUGAAUCCUAUUGUUAGGCGAUAUAUCAUGCAAAUAUUGUUAUUAAUCAUCAGACUAGUAUAUCAUACCAACGUUAUAUCAAUAAGAAGCGUAACUGCCAUUUAUCUAUUUGAAUUUGGGAUAAUUGGUAAAAUGCCAAUAUUUAUGUUAAAUUUUUAUUUUUCCUUCAUAAUCAUUCUAUAUAUUUCGUCUAAAAAUAUUUUCUCCAAUAUUGUUUCUAUCAAUUAAUUGGGUGCCUAGUAUUUUAUAAAUAUAUAUUUCCUUUACAAAUAAUCUUUUUGCAAUAUGUUUUAUAUUUUAUGUUUUAUGUUCAUUGUUAUAAAUGAAACUGCACGUUUCGAAUUUUGCCUUUUCUCAUUAUACAGUAUAACAAUAUUUAUCACUUAAAAAAAAUAAUUGCAAGUUGCAUUAUUAUUCUUCAACUUGCUUAUGCUUGUAGAUAUAUGCUGACUUGUAGAUUGCAGCGUCCAUACGAACCAUAAGCUUUUUCUCUUUAAGGAAAAUGCAUAGUUCGUUUUUCCCUCAACAACGUUGGUGCUGUCAGAAUGUUUCAAUCUCUAAUUAUCAAAUUGUAUGCCAUAAAAAGUUUAAUGCUCAAGUGGAAGAGAAAAUAUUUUGCAAACGAGCAAAUACGCUUCUAUAUAAAGAUGUUAUUUCGCGUUUUUCUUUUUACGAGCGUAAUACGAUUAUUCCGAAAGUCUAUGUUCCUCUCGGUGAUCGCUUUUGAUGAUACAUAUUCCAUAUUAUAUUUUUCACUAUCUAUUACCGAGGGAAAUUCUUAGAUAUGAGCCAAGAAAUAUGGCAAAUAUGGCAACUUGAUGAACGAAGAAUAACAUUCAUGCAAUGUACAAACGUAGAAUAAGUCUUAUAGAUUGGUUUUUCAUUAUUUAUCGUCCAGCGUUUUGUGAUAAAAAAAUGAUCGAAAGCAAGAAGACAGUAGCGGAUAUAAUUAAACGAAUGUAUUCAAAAUAUGUAUAACACUCAUCCGUUCGCGAAGAAAGAAAAGGAAAAGACUUUAUUCUGUUAGUGUCCGUAAUUUCCAUAAAACGAACAGUCUUGAAAUUGUUCGAAGGAAAAUAAUUCUAUUAUAUUUGUGUGAAAUAAUGUUCUUUUCCGCCAUUAAUCACAAUUGGAGUAAAGCUGGUUUUGUCGAGUCUUGUAAAAUAUAUUAGAUUAUCUGAUUUUAUAUUCAUGACAAGUAUACUCUCAAGCAUAUAUAUUAUGCAUAAAUUGUAGCAUAUUAUUAUUGAAUCGCAUCUUUGUGUAUGUUACAUGUAUAUACAUAUAUAUAGAUAUAUUGAAAUUUAUGAUUUGUAAAUAUAUAAACAUAAGUCUCUUCGAAAGAUAUAACAAAUUCGCAUAUUGAUACAUAUUUUUAAAUAGAACUAUUUGUCAAAUUAUCUUUUUUAUGUAAAUGCCAUUAAAUAAAAUUGAAGAAAUUCAUAAUGAUUAUAUUCUGAUUAUAUAGUUUAAAAGGCAAUAUCAAAAUCAGAAUAAUUCUUUUUGUGAAAAAUGGCAUUAAGGUACAAAAUAUGUUGUGGUUACGUUAUUGUUAAAAAAAUAUUUUCUAUUCAAAUUUAAUCUAGAAUUGCUUUUAACUAUCUUGAUUUCGUUGAGCAGGGUUAUCUAUUUUUGUUAUGAUCAUUACAAUAUAUUUUGCGAAAUUAAUAAAACUUUAAUAGUAUAUUUAUCUAAAUUUGAUUGAUUUUAAGAUUUUAGAUAAUAUUUAAAUUUAAUUAAUCUUAAAAUUUCAAAUAAUAUCUAAAUUCGAUCUUAAUUUAUUUAUCGUAAGUUUCAGUAAUAAUGUUUUAUUCAUAGAUUAUGAAUAGGUGAUAAUUAAAAGUUGAUUUUUUAUUUCAUUAUUUAAUUCGAUCUGCUCAAAUGCUCCCUACGUGAUAUACUCGCAGUAAAGUAAAAGUCAAAAUAAAAUUUUAACAUAAAAACGUUAAAGUUGAACAGAAGUAUUAAAUAAAUUGUGCGUAAUGUAUGUAUAGAAUGGUUUAUAAAUGAUGCGAUUCUGGCUUAAUGUAACAUAUUAUAAUAUAUCUUUAAUGCACUUUACAAUUCAAAUGUCGAUGUAUGUUUAUGGGAAAUACGGAUAAUGAAAAAUGUAUACUGUAUAUUACUAUUACUAUUAUCUCUAUUAUUAUUGCUAUUAUAAUAAAGAAUAAUACAACUUAUAAAUCUUAA